AUGUUCAAUCCCAUCAUCUUCCAGGCGCCCAGGGCAUCCUACAACAAGUCCUCCUUCCCGCGAAAUCUCUGCACCAUCCCAUGGAACCCUAUGAUCUCGCCAGGCCGCACUGGCGGUGUGCCGUGCCUCUGGUUUCCAGCCCCCAAGGCUGCAACAGUGGUCAUGUACUUCCAUGCAAAUUCCGAGGACAUUGGCACAGCCUUUCACUUUGUGAAGCACAUGCGCGACCAAUUCAAGGUUAAUGUGAUUUCCAUCGAGUACCCUGGAUAUGGACUCUUGCAGGGCAUCGAACCAACAGAGGAGACCAUCUUUGAAGUCGCGCUGACUGUCUUCAGAUACUUAGUGGACGAGCUGCGGGUGAGCUAUUCCUCCGUGAUCGUCUUUGGACGGUCAUUGGGGAGCGGGCCAGCAAUCUUCUUGGCUGCUCAGUACCCAAUCGGCGGCAUGAUACUCGUGUCUCCCUUCAUAUCCAUCAGAGCUGCAGCCAAGCAUAUAGGCGGGCGAAUCGUGGCCUUCAUGUUCAGCAACGUCUUCCAAAACCACAGGAGGAUAGUCAACGUCUCUUGUCCGGUUCUUUUCAUACACGGUGCAAGUGACAGCCUUAUCCCGGUGGAGCACUCGAAGACGCUCUUCGGCCUGUGCCGUUCGAGAAAGUUGUUGGUGACACCGCCGAAGAUGGAUCACAACAGCAGCAUGUUCAGUGAUCCGAACGCCUUCGCGGUGCCAGCGAUCCACUUCUUCGGCUUCCCAGGCUGGCGCACCCUGACGCCGCCCUUCAUGCCCUUCGACCUCUUUGAAGCUCACAGGGGCGAUGAUGUGCCCACGCUGAGAGACGGUUCCAGCAGAAAAACAGAGGGCGCAGAGAGCUGGUUGUACAACUGCUGCGGCAAGCUCGCUGAAGAGUCGUCUGACCAGGUGUUGGUUCGACAGGAAAAAACGCUCCAGGAAGAGUGUGUACAGAAUGAUUACGUGCCAGCACAAGCCUUUCAGGUCCUGCGCGCUCCGCUGCUCCCGCUGGCGCUGCGAGCGGCAUCCGACGAGGACGCUACACUGUCGGAGCUCUUCAAAAGCCUCCUGAAGCAGUUGGUUGCGUGGAUGGCACACCGCCCACCCACUGCCAGCCUCUCCAGCCUUCGGGAUGCUUUGCUGGAGGCGGGGCACGGUCUGGUAAGGAAGGCUUGGCAACGUAUGCGGGGCCUAAGCUCGGGGAGGAUGGGUUUGGAGCAAAGGGCAGCAGCAGUAGCAGCUUUUGUCAGAAGUGGAUGA